AUGUCUGCCCUUUGCAUUCAGCUACGAUCGUUUGUGCUGCUGUUGGCUGUCUUCGUAAGUGGUUGUCUCUCGGACGCUCCACUGUUGCCGUAUCCUCCGGCGGAACCGAUUGCACCGGUUCACCCCUAUCCACCAGCAGAACCGAUCGCACCAGUUCAGCCUUACCCGCCAGCGGAACCCAUAGCACCAGUUCAGCCUUACCCGCCAGCGGAACCCAUCGCACCAGUUCAGCCUUACCCUCCAGCGGAACCCAUCGCACCAGUUCAGCCUUACCCGCCAGCGGAACCCAUCGCACCAGUUCAGCCAUAUCCGCCAGCGGAACCAAUACCGACAACCUCGUUGCCGUAUCCACCAGCAGAACCUAAGGUGGUAUCAAUUUCUCUGCCCUACCCUCCAGCAGAACCCAAAGUUGUACCCAUUUCUCUUCCCUACCCUCCAGCAGAACCCAAAGUGGUACCAAUUUCUUUACCCUACCCGCCAGCAGAACCUUCAUUACCUUACUCUGCUCCAGAACCUAAAGUAGUUCCCACCAUAUCGUUACCUUACCCUCCAGCGGAACCUAAAAUACAAACCAUUUCCUUGCCUUAUCCCCCGGCGGAACCAAAACCGGUGGUGCACUCUUUCGGACCGUACCCACCAAGCGAAUAA